AAUGUUCACUGGCAAUGAAAGCAGCUGCAGUUUCAGCUCACAGAAACACGUUCACUCUGGAUGCGUGUUCCGUCUUGUCAUCUUCAACAUCCCAGACUGUGUGAUUGUUGAUGAAGUGUACCAAGCUGUACAAUCAGUCUUGGAUGAAGAAGCCAAAGCAGAGUUUGUGGAUGGCAUCUAUGGGAAAGCUGCUGUGGUUUGCAUAAAACCUGUGAGUGGUGUUGACAAGGCUGCUGGACUGUUGAAGAGCAUUGCCAAUUUUCCUGUGGUUGUGCGGAAGAUGACUCCCAAGGACCAUGACAUCUUCUUGAGGAAGAAGCAAAAGGCGAGCAAGGAGCCUAAACCCCCAGCAAGUGGCCGUGUUGCUAACGAGCAAAGCGGCAGUUCUGCCAGUAAGUUGCUGAGAACAAAGGAUGCCGCCGUCGUGGUCAAGAUCAGCAACGUUGCACACAGCAUCAGUGAAGAAAGUCUCCUGAAUAUUCUUCAAGAGAAGGUGGAUGGCAUCCAGAAAUUGAUACUCAGCCGUCCGCCGUAUCCUUGUAAGCCUGGUCAGAAGCACAUGGGUAAAGGCAAGGUCUUCUUCCAGGACAAGGCACAAGCUGAAAAGUUUUUCAGUUUACAUCGAAUGCGAAUUGCUGGCAGAGAGAUUGUCAUCGAUCAAUCCAAGAUUCCUGCUGGGAAAAGCACAGGUGUUUCGAAUCGAAACUCCGUUGCUUCUUCAUCUCAUAAAGAACAUCGUUUGAAAAUAAGCAACCUAUCAGUCGAAGUUUCGGCUCAAGAACUUCAAGAAAUAUUUUCUGGAGAAGUUAACGGGCGCGUGCGCGUUAACUUGGGGAAAAGCUCGGACGCUCCGCAUUCCGGCACAGGGGAGCUCAUUUUUGAGACGGCCGAGCUUGCCAAGAUCGCGCAUGAGCUUAUGGACGGAUGUGAUCUUGGCGGCACAAAGAUCCAUCUCGAGCUGGAUACGAAUGAAAAUGAGAUGCCUGAUCUAAAUGUAAACGAAAAGAAAUCCGAUUGGACUAAGGAAAACUCAAGUGGCAAGACUGAAAACAUAGAUAUGAAACAAAGAGAGUCAGAGAGGGAACGUGAAAACAGGGAAAAGAGGAGGCUUGAGCGGGAGAUGGACAAACCUUCAAGCCGGGAGAGAGAGAGGCUUUCUAGCCGAGAUAGAGAAAGGCUUUCUAGCCGAGAUAGAGACAGGCUUUCUAGCCGAGAUAGAGAGAGGCUUUCUAGCCGAGAUAGAGAGAGGCUUUCUAGCCGAGAUAGAGAGAGGCGUUCUAGCCGAGAUAGAGAGAGGCUUUCUAGCCGAGAUAGAGAGAGGCAGUCAAGCCGAGGUUCCCAAGGUCGUUCGCAGAACAACCGCGUAGCACGGAGUUCCGUUCAUCGUGACAGAAGCCGAGAUCGGAGUUCUGAUCGAAGCAGAAGUACCACUGCUGGUGAAGCAGAUUAUCGGCGAUACCGACUCGUGCACAUUUACCCUGAUGCAGCUCAGUUCCGAACCCGGAGCGCUGGUCCUGAUACUGUGCUACAGUUCUCAAACAUCGCCUACAACCUUCCGGAGGAAAAGCUGAUCGAUUUCGUCUUGGAAAAAUGCAGCGGCUUAGAACUGUUGCACUAUGAACGAAAUCGGUUCGGUGCAUUUCAGGGCAUAGCGAUGCUUGGGUUUAAGACCCGUUACUUCGCUGUAGCCGCUCUCAAGCUACGUAACACGUUACUUGAUGGACGCAAGGUAGUCGUUAAGAUCGACAUUCACUGUCCACGCCCUGCAGCCGAUGCGUUCGUUCCGCCAAACCCCAGUGGGGUUGUAAGGCCGCACCAGGAUCGGGAUAUGCAAGGCCCAAUGGGCAUGGAAAUGAUGCUCCAGGGACCAAUGAGUCACAACGUUGGUCUGAAUAUGGGCCCUGAACAACACAACGGUUUACUUGUGGGGCCUGAGGCUCAACGACCUCUCUUGGGAAUGGGACCGAUGGGCGGUCCUGGACUACAGAUGGGUGUCGCAAUGAUGGGCGAUGGCAUACGGGAUCCCAUGAAGCAGAGCAUGCAAGGUCAUGUUACUGGCUUCAACGAAGAUGGUCGCUCGGGUUUGAUGCCAAACCCUAUAAAUCAAGGCUCAUUCGGCGGUCCAAUCCUUGAUCCUCUCCGUAAUGAGAAUCGAAAUUUGACGGAAAUGAGGUCGGGCUUCGAUCGAGGAGACCCAAUGCGUGGAGGCAACGGCGACAUGCGGGGACAAGAUGAUCGAUUUUUCAGGGGUUCGGAUGCACGCUUGGACGGUCCCAUUGGUCGAGCUGGUGUCGACGAUAUGAUGAACAGUAACACACGUUCACGUCAUCCUAAUGCUCAGCCUCCACCUCAGGAUCCUCAAGCGAUGGGUGCGGGCGGCUGUGUCGACGUCAGCACAGAGACGUACGGUCUUGCUCCAGCAUUCCUGGCGUCUCUGAACAUCACCUUGCCACUCACCAAAGAAGUUCUCGUUAUGAACAUUGAUUCUACGGCCACGAAAGAUGACCUCAAGGAACUGUUCAGCAUCGCGGGCACUGUCGUAGCGAUCCAGUACAACAAUGGGCAGGCCAUAGUCGAAAUGUCACAUCCCGUGGAAGCAGUUCAAUCCAUCUCGAUGUUACAUCAACAAGAGUAUUUCGAUCGGAUCAUCGCGGUAAAGAUGCUGCGGCCAAACGAUCCUGAUAAUCUCGUUACCAGAGCCGUUGUGGCCGCCGUUCCUCGAGGCCUGAAGACAAUUGGCCGAGGUCUUGGUCUGGGAGGCAUGCCCGUCGCAGCCGUUACGCCACCUGCUCCUAUCACUCCCGCACCGCGUCAAAAUAAUGCUGGCUCUAUUGCGCCUACGAUUCAUUCAAGAAUGCAGGAACAGAACCAAGCCAGGUCUCUUGCCAUGAAAGCUGGACGAAAUGCGAAUAAGCGUGGUUCUCAUGCCUCGCGAUGGGAUAAUGAUGAUGCUAGGCAAAGUAAAGAUUCCGGGGACAACCGCAGUGUUCAUAAUCAGAACCCUCCAAAUUCGCGCGACGUCCCACUCGGUGUCAACAUGGGAGGUCAACGCGGCCAUUUCCAGUCCAAUGAUUCGCCUCGACCUGAUAUCUCGCCUCGCUUUGGUGGCUCUAGCUUAGAUGGAAGACGAUUUGACAAUGAGCGCUCAGGAUCUUUUCAACCGGCUCAAGGUAUGUUCCCUACACCACAAAGAUCUCUCCAUAGUCCCGCAGAUUCAUUUCCGAGACCUCAAGAUUCUUUGCUCGGCAAGCCAGAUCGUAACUUUCCUCCCCGAGGGUCGUUUGACGGGCGGCAAGACUUGAGUCGAGCUGAGCCGAGGACAAUGGACGGGUUCCGCAAUAAUGCUGGGCCUCAAAGAGGAGGCCGUGGUGCCAACUCCCCCAAGAAGCAUAUGAACUCCGGCAGUGGACGGGGGAGGGGACUCAUAACUCCCAGGAGAUGUGCUGGAUUUGAUCUUGGUUCGCAGAGAUCCAAUGAGAACACUACGGCGUUCGGCCAAAAUGCUUCUACCGCCUCCGGCAAAUUAGUCAUUCUCACCAACCUGCCGAUGCAUGCCACCAAACAAGCUGUCAAUGAAAUUUGUUCUCCUUAUGGAUUGGUGAAGAAUAUUGAGCUUGACUCUGUGAAGAGGGCGUGUAAGGUUACGUUUGAAAACUACCAACAAGCGACCAUGGCAACUGAUAUCCUCAACAAUCAGGACUUUAUUGGAUCAACGAUCUCAGCUACGUUGGUGUAAUGACACCACAGGCAGGGGAGACAACGUCAAAAUGAAUAUCGUGACUGCGCUAAGCUGAGGUUCUGCAUUUCUCGCAAUAUGUUCGUUCAUCAUCCUGGUCGUGAUGCUCGGAAGCUUUAAUUACUAUUUUUGAAAAUCGAAAUUAAAUGGACAAUUACGCGAUCUCCGAUCGUGGUAGUUGACUCGACAUUGAUGUCGGUUUUCAGUCGUAGUUCAUGAUUAACAAUCCUCGCAUAAAAAAUUUCAAUAUUGAAUUCUCAAACAAUUCUAGAAGACUCGGUCGGUCUUCUCUUGUUAUAUUCACGUUUCCAUCCAUUACCUUGAUACAUUCGAUGCUGGUACCUCCAAGUUAUUAAAAAUUGACUUCACUGUCAAUUCGCUCCGAGUUUUCUUUACUCACCUCUGGUUCAAGCAGCACGCUGAAACCGCGGAUGGGAUCAUUUCUGGACUUCAUUUAAUAAAUUAUUUUUAAGACGACUCACUUUUCAAGUCCGCCUUGACGCUAUUAUGGUCAUAUAAAUGUUUUUUUUUAAUUCUCGAACGUACAAAUGACAGAAAUACUUCUCAGACAAAUGGAAAAGUGAAACAGUUAUGCUUCUUCACUUGAGCACUGGUUUUAACAUUUAAAAGUAACAUAGAUGGCGAUUGGCUGAGGUUUGAGUACGUCAAGCGAUCAGAGCGCUGCUAUGUUUGGGCCGCUCGAAAUACCACUCCAUCCCAACUCGAGAUAUGAAUGUAACUUUGUCCAAGUAUGGUACCUAUCGCGAUAUAAAGUUAACUAGCACUACAUCUAAUUUAUCAGAGACCGAAAACAGACUAAUUUGAAGAAUAUCUCGACUGACAAGCAUGCGAAGUUGGCCGCUACAUUUUUAUACAAGUAUUCCAAAACUAAUUCUUGUCCGCGAACCGAGGCGAUUAUGGUUUGCUGAGUUUCUGUGCUGCGUAAACAUUAGUCGAGUUUUUCGACACCGAUAAAAUCUUACGAUUGUUUUGGUAGAGGAUGAGUGAAACCUUAUGCUUGCAGAUUGACGCUAUUCAACUAUACUAAAGAAUUCCGACAAAAAUUAUAUUAUUUCAUACAUCGUUUCAGACUGGACACCGGCUUACCUUUAUUGAUUUAAUACAGGUUUCCUGUGGCGACAUUAUAUUUGCACGGAGAUUCAUUUCCAGAGAGAACAAACUAUUCAUACAAGCUCUAAUCAUAUACACCUUCGUUCCAAGUACAAAUCUCCAGCUGUUGUUUAUUUGACGCUUAUUGGUUUACACGAGAUCGUUCAUGGAGUCCCAUUUUCCUUG